UGCACGGAGUGCAAGCAAUAGUGUCCAUCAAAACCCUGCAUCCCGUGUCGCCGCCGCAAAAGGGAAGCUUCUCGGCCCCGCGGCGGCGCCGGCGCCGGCGCCGCGCGGGGCGGCGGCUGCGGUUGCGGUUGAAAAGACGGUAGAGAAAGAGAGAGAGAGGUUGCGCGUCGGGGGCGUCCCGCGUUUCGCGACGCGGAAGAGGUUUUGGCGAUUUAGGUUUCAACUCCUCCCUAAUUACGGCAAAGAGGUUGUUCCUUCGUAGCACCAUAUCUCGUCCCAAACUGGGGCCAUUAAACCCCAUCAACACAACAAAUCCCCUCUCUCGUUUUUAUCUCCUUGAGCGAGCUCAGAAGAGGGAAAAGGGAACGAGAAUCAAUCCCCCCCUCCCCGAAAAAAAAAUCUCUUUUUGGAUAUUAUCAUUGUGGAUUUACAGCUCAAUCGACCUCGAGAUCAUUGGAAAUUGAUGCGGUAAUAUUGAAAACCAGAGUCUUAAUUUCCGGCACAUAUUUAUGGACUCUUUACACGGUCAUGCGAGUAUUGGACAUGAGAAGCCACAUCUUGAGUCUGGAGCAAACCAGGAUAAUAAUAAUGAAGACAAAUUGGAAAAUGGUCCCAAGUUCGGAAAAGAACCAUCUUGGUCCUCUUCAUCUUCUUCAGAUAGUUCAAUAGACGAAGAUUUCUUCCAAAUCGACGCAGUCGACAGUAGCAAACUGAUUACAGCAAAAGAUGAGAAGCCCCUACAAAGUGGAGAAAAUUCUCAGUUACGGGAACCGGCGGUCGAAUCGACCACAAAACUAAAUCCUGAAUCAGAUAAGUUUGUUAAGUUUGAAACGAAUCAGUUCCCUUCGGGUCAAUCUACAGGGAAAUGCAAUGUCCCUGAUCCCAAUAGGAUCCCUGCAUCAAUUUUCACAAGCAGCAAGGGUGGUACACCCAUGGAAUGGAGCGUGACCUCGAAUGAAUCGUUGUUUAGCAUCCAUAUUGGGAAGUCGGGAGACCUCACCAGUUUCUGCAAUAGCAAUUUGGAUAAUUUUUCCUCCGUUGCUGCGCUAGCCAGUCCAAGUCCGGUGAAAGAUGUGAAUUCAGGAUCAGUUUUGAAGAAGCCGGGUGCAGCUGAAGAAGUAAAAGGCGAUGCCAUGAAGGAUGUUCUAAAGGCAACUGCAGAUGGAAGUGCGGUUAAGGAGAAACACACCAUUUCGGGGAUUUAUCAUUCUAAUAGCACUUCUAGUAUCUCCGAGGGGAGUGUUUUAAAGGCGACUGGAGAAGAAACUGAUGCUAGGGAGAAGCCCUCCAUUUCAGGGGCUCCUCAUUCUGAUAGCACUUCUAGGAUCUCUGAGGGCAGUGUUACUAGCUAUCGAUCUUUUGCCUUUCCAAUAUUGACGAUGGAAGGGAGAAGCGGGUCACAGAAGAACGAAUCAUCAGUGCACCAACAGGCGCAAGCGGAGCAGCCGCAGCAAUCUCCUCCACCGACAGAGCCUCCGAUAUCAGGUUUUAGGAAGUGGUUUCCUUGCUUCUCCUGUUGCCCUUUCUGCUGCUGAAUGUGAGAUGCUAGCAACUUCUCUGCUGCUUCCAGUGUUGUAAAUUUUCUGUAACUAACCUAUAGGUUGAUAGGUGAUCUUAUAUAGGUCGCUGGUUAACUCGUAAGCUUCUUGUCCAUUAAAACAAUUCGUAUGGCCUGGUUCUUUGUGGUUAUCACUUCUUCUGAUCCCUAAACAAUUGUGAUCUAGUACAGGAGAUGGAGAACCUCUCACCAACCUUUUUGUUUUGUUUUUUUCCUUUUUUUUUUCAUUGUAAUUAUUUGGCGUCUCUGGAAGGGAGUGGGUAUUGAAAUAUGGAAAAAUUCACACUAGUGUUGAUUAAUGG